AUGGGGCUCGGCUCUUGCGCAUGGCCAAUAUGGCAUACAGACGACUUCACUCGCUGUUUUAUCCAUGAUUACCUCUUGGUCAUUCUGCCAUUGGCUGUGAUAAGUCUAUCGUCCCUCCUGCUCGCCGCUCAGGACAUCCAGCGCGCCGUCAAGCAAAAACGCAAUGCCCGCGGUUACGAGCAAAUUGCUGAGGGCGAGCCUCCGAUAUCGCCCCGCUCCCACACGGACCUCCCACCCGACGAGGACACUAUCGGCGAAAGCGACGACGAAGGCCUCGUCUUGAACGGUGGCCGUCUCGCCCUCGUCAAGACGACCACAAGGGGCUCGAUUGUACAAGCCGACUCUCCCCCGGCACAGACGCUGUCUGUCGUUGUCGAGGUUCUCGCUAUUGCGGGGCUCGUCGCAAUCCAUGUCAUUGCGGUUGUGACUGGAGCUUUUGGCCGGAAUCGCGGUAGCAAUGCUGCUGCCGCUGGCUUGACCGUCUGGGUCUACGUCUUGAUCCUCGCCUUGCUCCGGCUCUUCUUGGGCAACACGCAAUGGCGCGUACCGCGAAUAUGGAACCACACAGCCGCCAUCUACAGCCUGCAGUGGAUCUUCUAUCUAAUUGUCUUCCGAUCAGUCAUCGUGCACCCCAUUCGCUGGCUUUCCGAGAUUCUGGUCAUUGUCGAAUUCACUCUGACGACCCUGCUCUUUGGUCUGGCUAUCUCUACCCGUAAAGGGAACAAGACGGUCAUCCUUGAGUGGGAGGAUGGCCUAAAGCCCGGGCGCGAGAACCUGGCGUCGCUCUUUUCGCACUACACUUUCUCAUGGGUCGACACAAUCAUCUGGGAGGGCUGGAAAGAGCCCCUGGAUAUCAAGAGAGUCUGGAACCUGCUCCCCAAGGACAAGGCCGCCACCGUCUUGGCUAACUACCGUCAAUUCAAAAAGACGACGGUGUUGUCCAUUCACCUGCUGAAAUACUUCAAGGGCAUGCUGAUUUCACAGGCUAUUUGGGGCAUCCUAUCCGGUGUUACCACUUUCUUGCCAACGCUCUUGCUCAAGGCAAUUUUGGAAUAUGUCGAGGAUCCUUCGGUUGCCCCGAGAAAUGUACUUUGGCUGUACAUCAUCCUACUUCCAGUGUCUGACAUGAUUCGAUCGGUCUGCGAUGCCCGUGCACUCUGGAUUGGUCGCAAGAUUUGCAUCAACAUUCGAGCCAUUCUAGUCGGUGAGAUCUACGCGAAAGCCCUCCGGAGAAAGGCGUCCGCCGGCAAAGAUACAACCCUUGGUAAUGACAGCAAGACGGUCACAGACUCUCCGAAGAAGGGCAUCCUCUCCAAGGUAAAGCGCGCAUUAGGCUUCCGACAAGAUGACAAGAAGGCGGACGCCCAAUUAGCUGAGAGCGGAGCAGCAAAAGACGCAGACGGCAAGGCGGACAGCUCCGACGAGCAAGUCAACAUGGGCACCAUCAUCAACCUAAUGUCCGUCGACAGUUUCAAAGUCUCGGAAGUGACUUCGUACCUGCAUUUUCUUGUUGCAUCGGCCCCCGCGCAGCUUCUUGUCUCUGUCAUUCUCCUCUACAAUGUCAUGGGGUUGAGCGCCAUUCCUGGCUUCAUUGUCAUGGCGUUGCUGCUGCCAAUUAACAUUGCUUUUGGAAAGGGGUUCAACUCGACACAAAAGACAAUCAUGGGUGCAACCGACAAGCGUAUCCAUACUACCAACGAGAUCCUGCAAAACAUCAGGAUCAUCAAGUACUUCGCCUGGGAGCAUCGGUUUGCCAAAAUCGUCGAUGAAAAGAGGAAAGCGGAACUGAAAGCUCUGCGGGCCAGAUUCAUGUUGUGGGCUGCUGCCGUCGCUGUCUGGAAUACGGUUCCUAUCCUGAUCACGUUCUUCUCCUUCUUUGUCUACACUGUCAUUGAAGGCAAGCCUCUAUAUCCGUCUGUUGCAUUCACCGCCAUUUCGCUCUUCAUGCUCCUUCGGUAUCCUUUGGACCAGCUGGGCGACAUGAUUGCGCAUGUGCAGGAGUCUAGCGUGUCUAUCGACCGUAUUGAAGAAUUCCUCGCAGAGGAGGAGACUGAAAAGUUUGAGCAGUUAGGAAGGGACAACAUUGACGGAGACGGAAACCGGGUGAUUGGGUUCCGGGAUGCCACCUUUGUCUGGGGAAGCAAGUCGACAGUUGCCGAGGACGGAACCAUGGCUUUCCGUCUCCUCGACCUCGACAUCGACUUUAAGAUUGGGAAGCUGAACGUCAUCACUGGCCCGACUGGGUCUGGAAAGACUUCAAUGCUAAUGGCUCUCCUCGGCGAGAUGACGAUUAUGCAAGGCAAAGUUUAUCUGCCCGGUGGCCGCAGCCGCGAGGAAGUUCGCCCAGACCCCGAGACCGAGCUUGCCGAGACCUGUGCCUACGUUGCCCAGCAAGCCUGGCUUGUCAAUGCAAGCAUCAAAGACAAUAUUAUUUUCUCUGCCCCCUUGGACGAAGAAAGGUAUCGGAACGUCAUUGUUGCCUGCGCCUUGGAGCGUGACCUGGAGAUACUCGACAACGGAGACGAGACACUAGUUGGUGAAAAGGGAAUCACGCUCUCUGGAGGCCAAAAGCAACGCAUUUCUCUCGCCCGAGCAGUUUACUCUAACUCUAAGCACCUGCUCCUGGACGAUUGUCUCAGCGCCGUGGACUCGCACACUGCGCAGUGGAUCUUCAGCAACUGCAUUAUGGGCCCCUUGAUGCGCCACCGUACCUGCAUUCUAGUGUCGCACAAUAUUCCGCUUUGUGUGCCGUCUUCGGACUAUGUGGUUAUGAUGAAUAACGGGCGCGUCACGGCUCAGGGUUCGGUUCCGGAGGUUGUUGCAGCAGGGAAGCUUGGUGAAGAGCUUCUCCAAAAGUCGGCCUCCGGCUCGGCCCAUGUCUCUCGUGUCCCUUCGCGCGUCCCUUCUAGUGUAGGAGAGGAAAGCGGGAACACGCUAGUCAACGAGGCAGAUGCUAACGAGCAACAGACGAAAGCACAAACUGCCAAGAAGGAAGCUAAGAAGCAAGACGCAAUGGAAGAGACCAAGGCAACUGGAGCCGUGAAGUGGCCCGUCAUGAAGCUUUACCUACAAGCGAUGGGCAGCUGGCGGUUCUGGGUGGUCGCCCUUCUCGUCUUUGGUGCGCAGCAGAUGUUUGGUGUAGCUUCGAGCUUGUGGAUCAAGGAAUGGGCCAACCAAUACACAACCGAGGAGACGGCAAGCAUCCCGUUCAACAUGAACUCGCAGAGUUAUUCCACGCAGAGCUUCUCCCCGACCUACUUUGCCUCGGUUUCUACCUAUGGAAAGUCAAACAGCUCGUUCUCCGCCACUGCCGCAGCAUCAGAAGUCAAUGUCACCUAUUAUCUGGGGGUACUAGCGUUGAUCGGUAUUGCAGGCGCAGUAUCAGCACUUGUUCGAGACCUGUGGAUUUUCUUGGGUUCGGUAUCCGCGUCCUGGAAACUUCAUAACCGGCUGAUGAGCGCCGUGAACGGAGCGAGGUUCAAGUUCUUUGAUGUCACGCCUUUGGGACAGAUGAUGAACCGAUUCAGCAAGGACCUAGAAGCUGUCGACCAAGAGGUGGCGCCCAUCGCCAUCGGCGUCAUGAGCUGCGGUCUGGGAAUUGUGGUGACUGUGGUCCUGAUUGCAUAUAUCACGCCUGGGUUCCUGAUUGCUGGCGUCUUCAUCACCUUGGCCUACGUCUUCCUGGCACAGUUCUACCUCCAUGCGUCGCGGGAUCUCAAGCGAUUAGAGUCGGUUGAGAGAAGCCCGCUGUUCCAGCAAUUUGGGGAAACCCUCAGCGGCGUCACGACGAUUCGCGCAUAUGGUGACGAGAGGCGCUUUAUCCGCGACAAUAUAACCCGAAUCAACACGCAGAUUCGGCCAUUUAUCUACCUGUGGGCUGCCAACAGGUGGCUCGCGUUCCGAACAGACCUCCUGGGCGACAUGGUCGCUUUCUUCGCUGGAGUAUUCGUCAUUGUCAGUCUGGACAAGAUUGACGCGGGCUCUGCGGGUAUCUCGUUGAGCUAUGCGAUCGGGUUUGCCGAUAACAUGCUGUGGCUGGUGCGUCUCUAUGCCUUGAACGAGCAGAACAUGAACUCUGUCGAGCGUAUCAAGGAGUAUCUGGAUGUCGAGCAAGAGGCGGCGGCAAUUGUCGAGGAUAAUCGUCCUCCAGCGAACUGGCCCGCCCAGGGCUCAGUCGAAUUUAUCAACUACUCGACGCGCUAUCGUGAGGGUCUGGAUCCCGUUCUCCGCGGCCUGACAUUCAAGAUUGAGGCCCGGGAAAAGAUCGGUAUUGUCGGGCGGACAGGAGCCGGGAAGAGCUCGUUGGCGCUAGCUAUUUUCCGAGCACUGGAAGCGACCGAGGGCAAGAUCUUGAUCGAUGGUAUCGACAUUGGCCUUAUUGGGCUUCGCGACUUGCGUGAGGCUAUCACGAUUGUGCCGCAGGACCCAACUCUGUUUAUGGGCACGAUUCGGACAAACCUAGAUCCAUUCGACAGCUACACGGAUGAACGGAUAUUCGCGGUCUUACGGCGCGUGCAGCUUAUCGGCCCCGAUGAGGUAACGAUAAGUAAAGGGGCAAACGCACCUCUCCUCCUUCAGGCUCCGGCACCUGCUACCGGCAGCGCCAGCGCAGAGCCCUCCCGUCCGGCUACUGCCACCAACAAGAACGUCUUCCUGGACCUCUCGUCGACAGUUACGGAGUCGGGAGGCAACCUUUCUCAGGGCCAGCGCCAGCUCUUGUGUCUUGCACGAGCCAUGCUCAAGAACCCCGAAGUUUUGGUCAUGGACGAGGCGACGGCGUCGAUCGACUACGCCACCGACUCGGCGAUUCAGGACACGAUCCGGGAACUCACCAGCACGAUCAUUACAAUCGCACAUCGGCUGCAAACCAUCGUCGACUAUGACAAGGUCCUGGUUCUUGACAAGGGCCAGAUCGUCGAGUAUGGGCACCCGUGGGAGCUGAUUACGAAGACGGACGGCUCCUUCAGAGGAAUGUGCGAGACGAGUGGGGAGUACGAUAUAUUGCUAAAGGCUGCCAAGAAGGCCUUCAAGUCGAAGCAGCUGGUAGAUGUCGAUGGUGAAGACGAAACGGCGGGCGCGAGCAGCAGCUCUGCAGGCGGCUCACAGGCCGGCAACGACGGUGGAGAGUCUCAGCAAAGCACAUUGGUGGGCGAGUCCCAAAAGAGCAUAUAG